AGACCGGAAUCCGUGUCGUUUAGUCCAGUGUUGUUAAAUGAACGACAUGGUCAGGUGGAAAACACAGCGAAAUCAUUCACUGGCCUGAAUUAUAGCCCAUUACACUGAAUUUUGCUUCAUUCCUGGAGAAAAUAUUAAUUUCAAGAAUCUUUUAACUUGGUUGAAGUUAAUAAAUAUGGAAGCGCCGUGGACGAAGAAAACCGAAGACCCCUUGUCAUUGAUGAGGUUUACAGUCCCACCUCUACGGCUACUCUCUGCGGCCAUGUGGCAGGUGACAGAACAGAGACAGGUGAAGCAUUAUGGGAUGCUGGAGGAGUUUGUAACUAUGGUGACGGAGACUGUGCCAGAGCUCCUGAAUUUCCGUCAAAGAGUCCAACUGAUACUUGGAUUAAGAGCAAGGUUGCUUUUGGAGUUGUGUCGUAGCGAGCAUCAGCUCGACCCCGAAGAUCUUCAGUCUCACCUGGACCGAAUUCGGGCUCCUCGUGUAAACAACGCGCUCAUUGAGGUUGUUGAUGAAGACAUGGAGGAAUCUGAGGCCAGUUUCGUGGACCUCGCCCAGACCCUUAUCAGCAACCCUGUAGAAAGAGAGCACUUUUUCCAGAACAUUUUUCCAGUGGAAUACGGUCCCAAGUUUGACAAAGCACUACACAGACUUAUGAAAGACUUUCUUAUACAGCUUGAUCGCAUGAUGUCAGUGCCAGAUCUAUCACAGAUGGUGUCUUGGUUCAGGGCCCAUCCCUCUCUUCUGGAGGAAUGCAUUCAGUCAAUUUCGAUCCCGAAGCAAAUGAAAAACCUUCUGGAACGCCAGAGAGCUAAUGGACAUAUUUUGGAAAAUGAAACACUUCGAUCCGCUCACGACAACUUCAUAUUUUCCUCUCUGUCUCUCCCUCCGCUGGUCCGAGUCGUCAUUCCCAGCGAUCACGCAGAAUCUGGCGACCCAUCUGAAUCAGGAAUCGAUAGUCAAGAUGACUGCCCCAGUUCCAAAACACUGUCUGAUCCCAGUACGUCUGACUGGAAAGCUGAAAAGUGGAAAAUCAAGACCGAGGCCGAUGAACAGAUGGAGAGAGAUGUUGAUGAAGAUGAUGAUCAAAACUUGUCAGUUAAGAGUGAAAGGGGAACACGUGCCCAUUGUAAAGGCAAGAGGAAGAUAUACGAAGACUCUCCCGGUGAAGAGAUGAAUCAGACACGCACCAAAAAACCCUCAGUGAGAUCCUGUAAAAGAAAAAGAGACGAUAAUGUCGAAGCGUCCGGAGCUUUCACGUUUAUUAAUCACUUAGGGGCGUACACAGAAGAGGCUUCCUACCAGACAUCGGAUGCUUCUAAAGUCCCCUGGUCAGACGAAGAAACGCACGGCCUCAUUGACAUAUGGGGGAAAGACAGCGUCCAGAGGAGCCUCAAAGAUUGUGCCCGCAACAGACACAUAUUUAACCUGAUCUCUAAGAAGAUGUACGACACAGGGUUUGCCAGAACAGCAGAGCAGUGUCACACCAGGAUAAAACGCUUGAAAAUGACCUUUCGACAGUGCCACGAAAAUGUUAAAGGUGGAGAGAAACCAGAGUGGAAGUUCUACAAUCAGUUGGAGAAAAUUAUGUGCGGCAAACACUCAUCCACAGACCAGGACGACAGUAUCAAUCCUACUGAGACGAUUCCAGAAGAGUCCUCUGGACAGCAGGAGGACGAGGACACACAUGACUGGGAGAUUCAGGGUCACGCCGGAUUGGAGGGAACGAGGAAUGUCCUGUGGACCGAUCUGGAGACGCAAACUCUGAUUAAGAUCUGGGGAGAGGACCGAACCCAGCGAGAACUGAGAGGGGUUCUUCAAAACGGACACAUCUUUGCCAUGAUCUCAAAGAAGAUGGCCGCUCACGGAUACAUCCGGACGGCGGAACAAUGUCAGAGCAGAAUAAAGCGACUGAAGCUGUGUUUCAAACAAUGCUACGAGAAUAACCUAAGCAGCACUGAAGGCAAAGAGUCAGUCGAAUUUAAAUUCUAUAAACAAAUGGAAAGAAUCUUAGGUAAUGAAGAGUCCAACCACACGCAGUUGCCUGAGAUGCCGAUCUCGGCAGAGAUCAAAGAGGAGGAGUCAACUGACAUCGAGUACCAAGAGUACAAGUAUCAGGAAACAGCAAUGAACUGCAUGGAUGACAGAAAGAAGGUUGCGUGGUCUGAUGCCGAGACCUUGAUUCUCCUUCAGUUAUGGGGGGAUGAGCAGGUCCAGAUGAACCUGCAGCGCUGCCCUCACAACGGCCACAUCUACGCGGAGAUCUCGGAGAAGUUAAACGCUUACGGUUACUCGCGCUCAGCCGAGCAGUGCCAAACCAGAAUCAAACGCCUGAAAAUCAGCUACAGGCAAUGCAGGGACAGCAUCGGUUUAUCUGAAGCCGAGCGAGUCGAAUUAAAGUUCUAUGAUUUGAUGGAAGACAUUUUUCGGAAGAAUUUUUCCUCAGACGCUUCAGGAGCGUCAGAUCAAGAACCCAACAACAGCAGCAUUAAAUCAGCUGAGUUUCUUUCAGAAUUGUCGGACCCCUGCAGUAGUUCGGAUCAGGCAGCGUCAGAACCCUGGUCAGAUUCUGAAACGGAUGCUUUAAUAGAGGUUUGGGCAGAAGAUGAGAUGCAGGAAGCCCUGAGAGACUCCGGCCACAACGUCCACGUGUUUGCUGACAUAGCAGAGAAGCUGAACAGUCAUGGCUUCCUCAAAACACCAGAGCAAUGCAGAUGGAAGAUCAAGACCCUGAGAAAGCAUUUCCGAGUGUGCUAUGAAAGAAAACAAUGUGGCGAAGAGCAAGACGACGAUAAGUUCUACGAUAAAUUGGAGAGGCUUCUGGCUGAUGAGGCCUUUUCUGUGGAAAUAUUUGAUGAUCAAGAAGAUCAGGAUGCAGAAUCCCAGUGGUCGUCCGUGGCAGUGGUUGAAUCGGGCAGGAAGAUGCCCUGGUCAGACCGGGAGACCCAGGCCCUGCUGGAGAUCUGGGGUGAGGGCCGUGUGCAGCACAGUCUCAAGAGCUGUCUGAAAAACAGACACAUAUACAGAUAUAUUUCCAGGAGAAUGUUGGCACAGGGUUUCAACAGAACGGGCGAGCAGUGCCAUUCGCGUGUGAAAAGACUCAAAGCUCAGUUUUACUAUGAUAGCAGGGAGGAGUGUAAAUUUUAUGAUCAGAUGGAAAAGAUUAUUUUAAAGGACGGAAUAGGCGAUGAACAGGCCAUCAACGAGCUGGAAUCCCUGACUGAUUCCGAUUCAGAAUCCCCGGCGCUCUCCAAACCGCUACUCGGAGACGGGCCGAAGCUGGCGUGGGGUGACAGUGAGACUCGGGCUCUCAUAUCCAUUUGGGGAAACGACCAGAUCCAGGAGAGGCUAAGAUGCUGUGUCAAACGCAAACCUGUUUUUCAGCAGAUUGCUAAAGCAAUGGCUGAGAAGGGCUACAGCCGGACCGACGAACAGUGUCGGACCAGGAUCAAAAGACUGAAGGCCAGUUACCGUCAGUGCCUUGACAGUCCAAGAAAUGAAGGGGAGCAGGUGGAAUGGAAAUUCUUUAACCAGCUAAAGAAAAUAUUCGAUAAGUAUUAUCCAAAUUCAGAUGAAACCGCGAGCAACGUCACUCAAGAUCCAGAGACUGUUGGGAGGAAAUGGUCUAGCAGGUCUACAAAAGCACAAAACUCAGCGUGACUACACUAAUGCUCCUCAAUCUCAUUUGGGGUAAAAGUGAGGCCUCCAGGAUUUGUGAGCUAACGGGACACAAAGGUGACCUGACAAAUGAGGUAUUUUCAGUCAU